AUGGUACUAGAUAUUGGAGAGGCCAUAAUCAUCGAAACCAGAGCCUACAAUAACGAUGGCCGAGUAGGGUUUGAUCUUUAUGAAAGUAGCUUCAGCUACUUCUCGUUCCAGUCUCCAACCAUCAACACCUUCAAAGACCCGCGUUGGGGACGCGAUCGGGAAUGUCCUAGUGAAGACCCUUUCCAUGCACAAAACUUUGUUCGAGCCAUGCUCAGCGGACUUGAAGAUGACUUCACUGGAUAUAGGAGGGUCAUUGCAACCUGCAAGCACUAUGCCGCCAACGACUUUGGGAACUACGAGGGCACAGAAAGAUAUGGCCUUGACGCUAUCAUCACAACGCAAGAACUCUCGGAAUACUAA